GAAAAAACAAUGUAACAUUUUUAUUUAUAAUAAAUAUAUACUAUUCGUAUAGUAUAUUAUGACCGUUAUGACUGUACCAAGAGAAUUGAUGCUCUACAUUAUGACUGUAUCUAUUUCGAAUUAAUAAAAGUAGAUACGUUGAAAAAGAAAAAAGAAAAAAACGAAUCCUGCUCGUUUCACGCCGCCUUGUUUCUGUAGGAUACACCCACUACCGUCUUCUCUUUCUUCUUCCUUCCCGAGGCCAAUCUGUACAACAACUUACUAUCUCUCUCAUCCAAAUAUCGAAACGACAUCGUUUCCAGGUUACUCCACAGUCACAUCCAUGUCCAGGGAAGGAGACACCACCCUCAAGUCUAUCUGCUACAAGCCUGGCUCUCUCCGAUUAAUUGGUCAGAGGAAGCUUCCUUUGGAGACCACUUACUUAGAGAUCCGUGAUACUACAGAUGGAUGGAGUGCAAUUCAGGAAAUGGUGGUGCGUGGUGCUCCUGCUAUAGCCAUUGCUGCAGCUCUUUCUUUAGCUGUUGAAGUUUUCAACUUUAAUGGUUUUGAUGGAUCAUCUGAAGAUGCUGUUGCUUUUCUGGAGAAGAAGUUAGAUUAUUUAGUGUCAAGCCGACCAACAGCAGUUAAUCUUGGAGAUGCUGCAUUGAAACUUAAACAGGUUAUAGCAAAGGCCUUGGCUACUACUACCAAUGAGCCCAAGUCCAUUUUUAAGAGCCAAGGGUUUUGUUUUGUCUUUCGGAUACUCGAUUUGGACCUAGGAACGAUGGCGUCGUCUUUGAAUGUACUUUUAUUUGGGUCUGGACUAAGGAACGAUAUAGCUCAAGGGACUCGAAUUGGACUUAGGAAUGAUAGCUUCGUCUUUGAAUAUAGCUUCGUCUUUGAAUAUACUUUGUUCGGCUGCGGACCAAGGAAUGGUAGCUUAGAGAACUCGAUUUGGACUUACGAAUGUGAUACGAUUAGCAGAUUAAUGGGACCGGUAGUUAAAUUCUCCACCGAAGAGCUAUCCGAAGUUGAGGAUUUAAAUGCAACCAAGGGAAGCAGAGAAAGUACCUUGCCAGUAGCGCCAAAAGCAGGAACUUCAGCAAAAAUUAUUAAACAUGUACCGGCCUUGGGUGGAGGGUUGAUGAGAGAUGAGCACAAAAUAGCUUUCUCUGAUGGACCAUGGCCCACAAGAGCCGUAGGAAGAGAGCGAGACCAGCGACACACUGAUGGUGGAGGGGAAUGGCAUGUGCGGCCAAUAGGAGCAAUACUUGACGAGAAUCCAAUGAGUUACGCUCAAGGUGAUUUUCGAGUUCAGGAAGAACGAACUUGGAAGGGUGAUUGUGAGGUUCAUGAUGACAGAGGCUAUAGCCAUGUACGGCGUGUUGUUCCGGCAGCAAAGAUGGAGUUUCCACCUUAUGAUGGGACAACAAACGCUGUUGAAUGGCUGCAGAAGUGUGAUGACUAUUUUGCGGAUCAGAGGGUCUUCAAUGAUGAUGCCAAAAUUAGACAUGCAACAUUCGUCUUAACAGAGCAAGCAUAUCAUUGGAAUAAUAAUCUCCGAGGUUUAGUCACUCAUAAGUUAAGUUGGACUGAAUUCAAAAGAAUUUGCAAAAGCCGUUUUGGUAAAGCAGAUUUAAUGAAUACUGCAACCAGUUUGAAGAGUGUCUUGGCCGGCAAACAAGACUUACUGGGGAGUGACGGACAGUUUGCGAAAAGAAGUAAUACAAUAUUUGGAGCCAUGGAGUAUACUAAAGACAAUGAAUACAAGAUCGAAGGGGACACUAGAAUACGCACGUUUGGAGGACAUAGGGCUCCACUAGCUAGACAAAGAAGAGGACCUUCCAAGGAGCUUGAGCUCCUAGUCGACGAGGGGAUAAACAAGGCUCCUUGGAAGAAGAAGUUACCGGCUCCUACUGAUCGAGUUACAAGAUCUCAAGUUAUAGAUCAGGCUCGUAUCAGAAUGAUAGCUUUGUCUUUGAAUGCAUAUAUUGAAGCUGCUGAGAAUAUGCUCGAAGAUGAUGUCGCUUCAAAUAAAGCAAUAGGAACGUUUGGUUCAAGCUUAUUGAGGCAGCAAGCUAAAAAUCCUGACAAGCUUUCUGUUCUGACCCAUUGCAACACUGGCAGCCUUGCUACUGCUGGAUAUGGUACUGCCCUCGGUGUUAUCCGUGCACUCCACACUCAAGGAGUCUUAGAAAGAGCAUACUGCACAGAAACUCAUUCAGCUGCAGCUGCACUGAUGAAAGAUGGUCGUGUAGAUGGUGUCAUCGUUGGAGCAGACCGCGUAGCUUUAAAUGGUGAUACUGCUAACAAGAUUGGGACUUACAGUCUCGCCCUUUGCGCAAAACAUCACAAGAUCCCGUUUUAUGUUGCUGCACCUCUUACCUCGGUUGAUCUUUCACUUUCGUCCGGGAAAGAGAUCGUUAUAGAGGAAAGAUCGCCAAAGGAGCUUCUGAACACACAUGGAGGACUUGGUGAACGCAUAGCAGCACCAGGGAUCUCUGUUUGGAACCCGGCUUUUGAUGUGACUCCAGCUGAGCUAAUUGCAGGAAUCAUAACCGAGAAGGGAGUGAUAACAAAGAAUGGUAAUGAUGCAUUUGACAUAAGCAGCUUUGCUCAAAAGUAGUCAGCAUUGCGAUUUGCAGAUAUUUUUUCUCCUCUCUAUAACUUGCAAUAAAGCAACAUUACGUUGUAACACAAACAAUGAGCGUUGUAAUGUUUUACCAUUACAAACAGUGAGUUAUGUAAUGGUAAAGAUUGUCGGUAGCUUAAUUGAAAAUAAAGAGCAAAGAACUAUUGUACAAGCAAUUAUCUGUUUGACUAAAUAGAAACACAAUAAUAAUCGACUAAUAAUCUUCAACAUUACUA